AUGGUUCUCCUCCGAUGUCGAUUCUUAACGAUAAAUCUCACUCCUUUGCUACCCUCACACUUUCAAUCUCACAACUUCCACACGACCCGUCUCUUCCGUAAAUCCAAUUUCAUCUCUAUCCCACAAAUCUCAGCUUCCUCUCUCCCCACAAACAACACAACAAAACGCUCGAUUUCCGAUUCGGCUCGAUUCGCAAGCUCCGUCUUGUUCAUACCUCCUGGUGUUGAAGUCGAGGAGCUAACAGAGGAAAUGGUGCUUCCGGGCUCCAACAUCGUAAUCGGACCUUUCGCGGGCCAUUCCCAAAUCAAAGAAGUCGAAUUCGUCAAGAGCAGUGCUCGUGCUAGAGACUGUCCUAAAGACGAUCGUCCCGAGAUUGCCAUCUUAGGUCGCUCCAAUGUCGGAAAAUCCUCGCUCAUCAAUUGCUUGGUUCGUAAGAAAGAAGUCGCUCUCACCUCCAAGAAACCAGGGAAGACUCAGCUUAUAAAUCACUUCUUGGUGAAUAAGAGUUGGUUCAUUGUUGAUUUGCCUGGUUAUGGAUUUGCUAAAGUUUCAGAUGCUGCGAAGACGGAUUGGUCUGCGUUUACUAAAGGUUACUUCUUGAACAGAGACACACUUGUUUGUGUGCUUCUUCUGAUUGAUGCAAGUGUUCCUCCUCAGAAGAUUGAUCUUGAUUGUGCCAAUUGGCUCGGUCGCAACAAUGUACCGAUGACAUUUGUGUUUACGAAAUGUGACAAAAUGAAAGCAGCGAAAGGGAAGAGACCUGAUGAGAACAUCAAAGCUUUUCAACAGAUUAUUAGAGACAAUUUCAAAAUACAUCCUCCUUGGAUUAUGACGAGUAGUGUCUCCGGUUUAGGCAGAGACGAGCUUCUUCUUCACAUGUCGCAGCUGAGAAACUAUUGGGAUCAAUAA